GAAUUGCACAACGCGUAAACACACAUUUCUGGUUAUUAAAAAAUACGCGAGUACAUAAAAUCAAGACUGGCAACCGAACGGCAUAUUGUGGUUCGAGCGGAACUUUAUCCACAGGAUGGAAAUAUUUGUUUAUCGCGGCGAAUGGGGACUACCAUCGAUCGAUUACGAAUGUAACCGGCUUUUGGCUUAUCUAAAAUUUUGCAAUGCCAAAGUAACGGUCAACUUUAAUGGGAAUCCAUUCAGCUCACCGAAUGGUAUGCUACCGUACAUGAUAGCGGACGGGAAGAAGAUUGCCGGAUAUGGUCGAAUAGUGGAACAUCUGUCCGCUACCGGUAUAGGGCCACCGAUGGCAAACAAGACCGUCGACGUGGGGGAUGUAACCCUGCAUGCUACCCGCAUCAACGGCCACAUGCAGUAUGUGCAGGAAAAUUUGCAUCCCUACUUUAUGUACAUGCUGUGGGGAGAUCCAAAGAACGUGGACACCACCCGUACGGUGUAUGCGAAACGCAUUCCAAUUCCAUUCAAUUUUUAUUGCCCCCGAAAGUAUGUGCUGCGCACGAACGAUAUCACGCAAUCGUUGGCAGGAUUUUCGUUAGAAGAUUCGAUCGAAUUUCACGACGUGUCUGAGUUCCAACAUAAUGCUAAAACCUGCCUAAAUUGGAUUGCAACGAAGCUCGAUGAUAACCGCUGGUUUGUCGGUGACAGCCCCACGGAAGUGGAUGGCAUACUUUAUGGUUAUCUAUCGGUUUUACUAAAGCUUACUCUACCAAAUAACGUGCUCCAGAACCACAUUCGACAGUGUCCGAAGCUUAUGCAAUAUGUGGAACGAAUAACGGCAACCUACUUUGCAAAGGAAGGAUACAACAGUUUUACUGCAUCAAAGAGCAGCAAUAGUAGUGAACAGAAAAGUUCCGGCACUGGAACGCCAAAUGAUGGAAAUUCUUCGUCAUCCUCUGGCGAACAAUCAGAGAAGAAGAGUGGGAAUGAUACCAAGUUUCAUACCGGCCAUCAGCAAGAUCCGGACGAUGGGCCGAAGGAAAGGCGAAAACGCUACAUUUUAUCUGGUUUGGUUGCGGCAGUUGCAAUGGUAGGAUUUGCCGUGUUGAAUGGCAUUGUGACGCUUCCUAGUGAAGGAAAUCAUGGCAAUUUCAUACAUUACGAUGAUCCGGGCGACUAUGACGAUGACGAUAAUUAGGCAGUAGUGUCCACUAUGGUUCCCACUGCCAUUGUUGUGUGCUCGUUGCUACGGCUUCCGGAUAGAGUCGCUAUAACCGAACGCUUUACAACGAUCUAAGUAACAUUUAACGCCCUAUUACUUGGAUCAUUUUCAACGUCUUAUAGCAGCAGUAGUAUGAAACAAUUACCAAAAUUAAAGCGGUUUGCUGAAAGUGUGAAGAAAAAUCACCAUAAAGAGCUGCGCACGCAUGUUCGUUACACUUAAAUGCGGUGUAGAGUUUAUUUGUUUUAAAUCUUGUUUCACAGUUAUAUUAUUUCAGUUUAUCUAGAUACGGCUUUCCUCG